AUGUGUGAAUCAGCUGAGAUUGAAGGAAGAAUUUACGAUUUGGGAGGUCAAGUUCUUGCUGCAAACAGUGCUCCUGCUAUAUUUCACUUGGCAAAGGAAGUUGGGGCUGAAACAGAGGAGAUGGACGCCCACAAUUUUGCUAUGAUUGACAGUUCCACAGGAAAAUAUAAUGACUUGAAAGUGGCAGAUGAUUAUGUGUAUGCAAUCUCUCUGACCUUGGAACUCCAGGAAAAGGCCAAGGCUUCGGGCAGAAUUGGGGUCCAUGCUGUCAGUGACAUUGCUUCAGAUUUGACUCCUGUGUUUCUUGAGGACCAUGGAUUUAAAUCAAUUCCUAAAUCUGUGGCUUAUGGAUACACUGCUUCUGGAUAUGGCUUUGUUCAAGACAUGCCUUAUGCUUACAUUCAUGAAUUCACCAAGACCUCAAUGGCGGGAAAGAUUCGGCGCUUCAAAGGAGGUUACACAAGUGUUUGGCAGAAAAUAAGUGAAGGGCUACCUAUAGAAGUUUGCUGCAAUACUGAAGUAAUAGCAAUCAGACGCAACUCAAUUGGUAUCAGAGUUGAUGUCAAGGAUCAUAGUGGCGCAAAGCAAGUUGUGGAGUUUGAUAAAAUCAUUAUCUCUGGUUCUUUUCCCUUCAACAGUGGAAAGACUUACAGAUCACCUUCUUCAAGCACAUUAGGUUAUUGA